UCGACCUACAAAUGCUGACUAUAACACAGAGUUAUUAGUUGACGAUUUAGGAUGUAUAUAUCAGAAAUCGCUGGCAAGGAAGGAACUCUUUGAGGCAUUGGGGGGGGAACCUGUAGGGAUGCUGCAUACGACUACAGCAGUAGAUGCUCCAGACAUACAAUAUUGCGGACGGGCUAGGAGCAUCUUAGAGUACUUGUUACUCUUCUACUCUACGCAGUACAUACAGAACAUUCAAAAACCAUGUUGAGAUCGACACGUUUCAUGGUACCCAUGACUUACUCCGUUUUUUCGUUCUUCUUUUAUGGCCAACAACCCCCCAGCCACAAUGAGACCUCGCGCCUCGCUUCCACCAAAAAUUGCUUCGGAACGACCUGUUGCCGAUGCGGUGUGGGAUACCCAACUCCUAGUGCGAACGCACCUCGACCAACUCCCCUCUCACCCUGCUUACUACCCUACCUCCCGGCCCUAGAUCCCGUGUCUAGCUAUUCUUGAUCAAUGGAAAUGGAGAGAUAUGCCCCCGUCAUUAUGCGCUGUCCAAGCUCACAUUCCCAAUUCCUCGAUCCAUAGUGGACGCAGAGGUUUCAUCUUCAUCUUGACUAUCUAUCAUCCCCUUUCCCUCUCCGUCCGAGUCUCUCUGCAUAAAUCCCCUCCUAAGAAUCUCGGGGAAUUUACUUUGAUCCACACUCACCGACUGAACGGCGCGCCCCACUUCCCGAGCGACUACAACUAAAGCUCACCAGUCCCGCCAGGACCCGUGCCUCCAGAUCAGACUGAACAAACGGCUGUGUGGCCGAAGAACGCCGCCAUGGUCUCCCUCCUGGUGAUGCUAGCUGCGCUGCCCCUUUACUGGGCCUUCUCAAAAUUCACACGCUUCUGCCGUAAUCUGAAGGACGCAAAGAGCACCGGUCUGCCAUAUGUCAUUCAACCCAUCUACCCUAUCACUCUGUUUUGGAUAAUAAGUGGUAAAUUAUGGUUAAAACUGAUCAACAAGACAUGGCCAGACAAGUGGCACAAGAGCUGGUCCAAAUUCCUUUCCCCAGACUGGUCGUGGAAUGAACUGUACGAGGACCCUCGUGAGCUGGGCGCGGACACCUUCAUCACUGUCUCGCCCGUCAACAACAUGCUCUGGUCCGCCGAUUCCGAUGUCAUCCACCAGAUAACUACACGCCAGGCCGCCUUCCCCAAGCCCAUCAAGAGCUAUAAGGUCCUUGACAUCUACGGCCGCAACGUCGUCACCACCGAGGGCCCAGAGUGGCGCAUGCACCGCAAGGCCACGGCGCCCGGGUUCAACGAAAAGAACAACUCGCUUGUCUUCACGGAGUCGGUGGCGCAGGCACAGGGCAUGAUCAGGAAAUGGAUGGACGGCAACGAAAAGAGUAGUCGUACGCUGAACGAUAUCCCGGCUGAUUGUAUGCGCGUGGCGUUGCACAUUAUCAGCGCUAUGGGGUUUGGUGUUAGGUUGCUGUGGCCGGGAGAUGCAUUCAGCACCGGAGACAAGGACUCGGGGCUAAUUCAUAUGGGUGAUAAGCCUUUGGGGGAGCAUACGAUGAGCUUUGAGAAGGCACUAUCUACUGUUCUGGAUGACAUAUUCAUUCUAAUGUUGACGCCGAGGUGGCUUUUGAAAAUCGCGCCAGUGAAGAGGGCGAAGCGGGCUUGGGAAUCAUACAAGAACUGGAAGCUGUACAUGGAGGAACUCCUCGAGAGGAAAGUGGAAGCUGAGCUCGCGGGCGAGAAAACGCUAGGCAUGGAUAUCAUGGGCGCAUUAGUCAAGAGCGCGGCCGACGCAGACCGACCCGACCAAAAGAAGGCGCCAGGCCAACUGGAAUCGAACAAGGACAAGCGAGGCCUCACCGACGAGAACAUCAUCGGCAACUCCUUCGUCAUGCUCCUCGCCGGCCACGAGACCACCGCCAACACCAUCCACUUCUCCCUAAUGGAGCUCGCCAUGGCCCCGAGCUCGCAGCGCAACCUCCAGAAGGAAGUUCGCACCAUCUUCGGCGACUCGGACCCGAAGACGUGGGACUACGCUUACAGCGUCAAUAACCUGCUCGGUGGAAUGGUGGGCGCCACCAUGAACGAGAUGCUGCGCCUAAUGCCGCCGGUUACUAAUAUCCCGAAGUCGGUCAGUGCCAAUCAGGACCAGACGAUUGUGGUGGAUGGGCAGAAACACACGUUGCCGAAGGGACUGUACAUCAACUUCAACGUCGUCGGCGCCCAUCGCCACCCAAAAUGCUGGCCUAGCAGGGGUGUGUCAAAGGUAAGUGGCAAGUCGGACGACCUGGAUGAUUUCAUCCCAGAGAGAUGGCUCAGAAAGGACGCGGCAAAUCAUAUCGAAGAGGACUCGGAAGAGGAGGGUUUUGGCGGCUUCACGGGCAAGACGUCGUCUGCGCAGCUCUUCCGCCCCCCGCGCGGCGCUUUCUUGCCCUUCUCUGACGGGCCGCGGUCGUGUCUCGGGCGCCGCCUGGCGCAGGUCGAGUUGAUCGCCCUGUUGGCUGUCAUCUUCCAGAAGUACUCCAUCGAGCUCGCCGUUGAUGAGUGGGCGACCGAUGAGGAGGUGGCUAAGAUGGGCGUGCCGGACAAGCUGGAGGUGUAUGCCAAGGCGGCGAAGAAGGCGAGGGAGAUUAUUAGGACGGCAUCGUCGAUGAUUACGUUGAAGUUGAAUUUUGGACAGACUUAUAUCCCGGCAAGGCUGGUGAAGAAGGGGGAGGAGCGAUUUAUUCGGUAUAUUGAGUAAGCUAUCUAGUGGACUACGUGGGAUGGAAGUUGGUAUGGCAUAGGUAUUAGUUGCUGUAUACUUAAAUGAUGAAUGGUGGGAAUAAAUACGAAUAUUAAAACAC